CCAAUUUCCCAACUUCUUGAGUUCCCUAUUGACAAAAACCCUUCUGUUUGAUAUAUUUAACGUAAAUUAGCUCUUUCUCUCUUCUUUCUUGACAUAAAGGAGGAAGAGAGUCAUCUUUUUCUGUUAGUUCUUUGCAAUCACAAUUCAUUGAAGAGAAUACUUUUAAAUUUCAAGCUUCAAUGGCUAAGCGAAUGAGGAACUUGAAUGCAUGGAUUGAGGUGGCUCCGGCACCGGUCAUUUACCCGCGAAAGAUUUCGAAUUCGCCUAGUUUGGAGACGAUUCUUGAAGAGAGCGUCGAGGAGUGUGAUGAUGACUAGUUAACUUUUAUGCUCACUUUUUUCAUUGUUUGGUUAUUCAUCCUUGAUGAAAACUUAUGUUCUCAAAUUUGAAGAUGGAUGGCCUCUGGAUGCAUCUCAUCGCAGCUCCGGAUUGUUACGAUGGAAUUGGUGAUUGGAGCCGGGGUCUGGCCAUUGGAAAGGGAAGGAACUUCAAUGGCUCUGGUAACGGAGGGCUUCAAUUCUGUCCUAUCCAAUCCAGUGGAAGUUCUUCUUUGAACAUUGUCCAGUGAACACCGUAUUACUGUUGAAAAUAUGCAAUUAGUUUCAACCUUGUUGUAUAUAAACGUAGUUUAUUUAAAACUAAGAGUACCAUAUGGAACUAUACGUUUCAGACGAUGCAAAAUAAUAAUAAAAUAAUACAACUAUCUAUGUUCAGAUUCCA